AUGGUCGCUAAUACUUACGUCAUGACAAUCUUGUACUUGACAGCCGACAUCGCCUAUGGCAAGAACAUCUUUGACCGCGGUAUCCACCACCCUGGCUUUAUUACAUUUAUGAUUGUAUUCGGGCUGGGUCUCGCUGUUCUGAGCGUGUUUUAUGCGCUCGUUACCUCGAUUGUAUUGCUUUCAAGUCUCAUCAACAAAUAA